CAGAGACUCUGCGGGCUCCAACAACAGUCACCUGGUCCCCGCAUUGCUGGUGGGACCGCAGGUCGCAGAGGGGCGGACAGAUCAGCGCAAGGACUGGCUGCAGGAGACGGAGGCUACUCCAGAGAGAGAGGAGCAGAGCAAAGCUGGACACCACCCCCACCCCCUUUCCUGAAGCAGACAGACUGACAGACAGGCAAAUAGACAGACAGGAGUUCAGCAGCCUGGGCUGAUAUACAGGCUCUCUAGCAGCGACGACCUCCAAGAGUCCGGAGUAGCGAGAGCCCGACAGCCGCAGCCACGCGUUCCCCACCAGCGCUGUGCCUGGGCAGCGCAAGGACCCCUGCCUCCAAGCCGAGGGCUCCUUUUGCUACCAGUUAAAUAAAUCGACCAAACAACAAAGGCAAGCCACAAACCAAACUGACCUAACCAAAGCAUUCACUGAGAAACAAUAAUUAUUCACAAAAGCCCCAAACGAAAUCCACUCAGUCAAGGCACCCGGACGCUGGGUCACUCCACUGUUCCUUCAGGUUGUCGACCAUGUGUCAAGCUGUGUAAGGAAACUGCCUGGAAAUGGACAUUCUGGACUGCUAAUGGGGACAUGGGACGGCAGUUACCUCUGAUCACUUGCGUGGAUUCUCCCGGAGCAGAACGACAGAAGCCGCCAGUCACUUGUCCAGAUCUACAGCUGGAAUUUUGUGCUGAAGGGUCUAAAAACUCGUUUUAAUUUGGAUCUGGGAGAAUGUCUGAGCAAGGAGAACUGCCCCCGACCAUACUUGAAGAAGGGCAGACAGAGUCAGAGUCUGCCCCAGAAAAUGGCAUCCUUAAGUCGGAAAGUCUGGAUGAGGAGGAGAAGCUGGAACUGCAGCGGCGACUGGCGGCUCAGAACCAAGAGAGGAGAAAAUCCAAGUCAGGAGCAGGCAAAGGGAAGCUGACCAGAAGUCUCGCUGUCUGUGAAGAGUCUGCUAGACCUGGAGGGGAAAGUCACCAGGAUCAGGAAUCAAUUCACUUACAGCUUUCCAGUUUCCCCAGCCUGCAAGAGGAGGAUAAAUCUAGGAAGGAUGAUUCUGAGAGAGAAAAAGAAAAGGAUAAGAACAGAGAGAAACUCUCUGAGAGACCCAAGAUCAGAAUGUUAUCAAAAGAUUGCAGCCAAGAAUAUACAGAUUCUACAGGAAUAGACUUACAUGAGUUUCUAAUUAACACACUGAAGAACAAUUCCAGGGACAGGAUGAUACUCUUGAAAAUGGAACAGGAAAUGAUUGAUUUCAUUGCUGACAGCAAUAACCACUAUAAAAAGUUCCCCCAGAUGUCAUCCUACCAGAGGAUGCUGGUCCACCGGGUGGCAGCGUACUUCGGAUUGGACCACAAUGUGGAUCAAACUGGAAAAUCUGUCAUCAUCAACAAGACCAGCAGCACCAGAAUACCAGAGCAAAGGUUUUGUGAACAUUUAAAAGAUGAAAAAAGUGAAGAAUCCCAGAAGCGGUUUAUCUUGAAGCGAGAUAACUCUAGUAUUGAUAAAGAAGACAAUCAGAACAGAAUGCACCCAUUUAGAGAUGACAGACGAAGUAAAUCAAUUGAAGAGAGAGAAGAGGAAUAUCAGAGAGUGAGGGAGAGAAUAUUUGCACAUGAUUCAGUUUGCUCCCAGGAAAGCCUAUUUUUGGACAACAGUAGGCUCCAGGAAGACAUGCACAUAUGCAAUGAGACCUAUAAGAAAAGACAGCUCUUUCGGGCUCACCGAGACAGCUCAGGAAGAACUUCCGGGAGCCGGCAGAGCAGCUCAGAGACUGAGCUCAGGUGGCCAGACCACCAGCGGGCCUGGAGCAGCACAGAUUCUGACAGCUCCAACCGCAAUCUGAAGCCCACCAUGACCAAGACAGCAAGUUUUGGGGGCAUCACGGUGCUGACCAGAGGUGACAGCACAUCCAGUACCAGGAGUGCUGGGAAACUGUCCAAAACAGGUUCUGAGUCUUCCAGCAGCGCAGGCUCCUCAGGAUCACUGUCCCGCACCUACCCGCAGAGCACGGCCCUGACCUCUAGUGUGGCAGCUGGUUCUCCUGGCUGUAUGGCCUAUUCAGAGAAUGGAAUGGGGGGCCAGGUUCCUCCCAGCAGCACCAGCUACAUUCUCCUCCCACUUGAAAGUGCAACUGGCAUCCCGCCUGGAAGCAUCCUUCUUAAUCCACACACAGGUCAGCCCUUUGUGAACCCGGACGGAACUCCUGCGAUAUACAACCCUCCUGGAAGUCAGCAGACGCUGCGUAGCGCCGUCGGUGGGCAGCCCCAGCAACCCCCACAGCAGCAACCUUCGCCUCAGUCUCAGCAGCAGGUCCAGGCAUCACAGCCCCAGAUGGCAGGGCCACUGGUCACUCAGUCUGUCCAGGGCCUGCAGCCAUCUUCCCAGUCUGUGCAAUAUCCAGCGGUCUCUUUUCCUUCCCAGCAUCUCCUGCCUCUGUCACCAACGCAGCACUUCCCCCUGAGAGAAGAGCUGGCUGCACAGUUCAGCCAGCUGAGCAUGAGCCGGCAGUCCUCGGGAGACACUCCAGAACCUCCCUCGGGUACAGUCUACCCAGCCUCCCUCAUGCCACAAACAGCUCAGCCACCAGGCUACGUCAUCACUUCUGCAGGCCAGCAGCUCUCCACAGGGGGCUUCUCGGACUCUGGCCCUCCCAUCUCCCAGCAGGUCCUGCAGGCCCCGCCCUCUCCCCAGGGAUUUGUACAGCAGCCUCCACCUGCACAGAUGUCCGUAUAUUACUACCCAUCUGGUCAGUACCCUACCUCAACCACACAGCAGUACCGACCCUUGGCCUCAGUCCAGUACAGCGCUCAGCGGAGUCAGCAAAUACCACAGACCGCACAGCAAGCAGGUUACCAGCCAGUCUUGUCUGGUCAGCAGGGCUUCCAAGGCCUGAUGGGAGUACAGCAGCCAGCUCACAGCCAGGGUGUGAUGAGCAGUCAGCAAGGAGCCCCGGUGCAUGGUGUGAUGGUCUCCUACCCAACCAUGUCUUCUUAUCAGGUGCCAAUGACCCAAGGUUCUCAAGCAGUGCCCCAGCAGACAUACCAACCGCCAAUCAUGCUGCCCAAUCAGGCAGGCCAAGGGUCACUCCCAGCCACCGGAAUGCCUGUGUACUGUAACGUCACACCGCCAACCCCUCAGAACAACCUAAGGUUGAUGGGGCCACACUGCCCUUCCAGCACGGUUCCUGUCAUGUCUGCUAGCUGCAGAACAAACUGUGGGAGCAUGAGUAACGCAGGCUGGCAGGUCAAGUUCUGAGAGCUCAGGCUGCCUGCCUUCCACUUCAUCAGAUGUUAACUCAUGGCCUUCAAAAGAAGAGGAGACUUUGACAACUGGCUGAGGACUUCCAUAUACACUCAACGUGCAAACGAUUGCUGCUGGUAUUCUGUACAAACUAAUCAAAGACUAAUACACACAUUAGCUGGUUAAUGGUGCAUAUUUCUGUCAUGUCUGCUAGGUAUGCCUUUCUAGCUUAGCUAGUGACAUGAAUUCAUCAAGGUAAGAUUUUCUCCUACCACUGAAUACCACUGUGUAGAUUACAAUAUCCCUGAUUCGGAUUAGUUUUGUACUUUGUGUUGAGUUUGUGAUGCUAAAAGUAUUUAAAAAUAUAUGUAAACUAAAUCACACGGUACCAAAGCUGUAAUGGAAAAAGGGAAGAGUUAAGGAAUGGAAGGAGUAAUUUAUAUUCACUAGAGAGUUUUCUUUUUUUAAAUGGAUAUAUAUGGUAUUGUAGUGUUUAAUCCAAAUAAAAGCUUAUUUGACCUUA